AUGGCCGACUUGGGUCACGGCGAAACCAUCAUCAUCCGCGGAGGCCUACAACAUGCAUCUCAACGUCCCCAGUCUCACUAUGAUAUAGCAGAGGACCCCUACCAGCCUCCUGAUCCAACUGGAAGCCAAGACAUCGAACGCUCCGACUCUCCGCGGCCUCCUCUUCGACCUGAGCCUCCAAGUGUUGCACCUGUACCACGCACUGAUGACACGAGAGGCGAACCCUUUCGAUUCCGCUCAUUUGAACCGCCCCGUGCAGAUUCACGUUCUCCAGAUGUUUUAUCAACGCCACCGGUAGCUUCCAUAGCGCACUUGUCUUCUACUAGGAAGCGCGCCUUUGAAGAUUUCUCAGCACACGACUUUGAUCACCACACCGCGAUUGCAAGCCUAGAUGAUUUGGUGUUACCAAAACUGUCUUCUUCCAUCCCCCACCUGGAUCCGACCACCAGCUGUGAGCUUGCAUACGAGGAGUUGACAGGGGCAGAGCAGGCGGAGGAGGAUAUUGACGCCGCUGAGCAGGUAGAGGCUGGGAUAAUUGUCGCUGACAUGGAUUCGGUAACAGACGCUGGCUACGAGUCGGAUACGGCCACGACGGCGUCGACUUCUAUCGCCUCAAGCAUGUGGGACUACUCCUACGAGAACGGCAGGAGAUACCACAAGUUCAGAGAAGGUCGCUACAACUUCCCGAAUGACGAUGUUGAGCAGCAGCGCGAAGAUAUGAAGCAUGCCAUGGUCAAGAUGCUUACUCAGAAGUUGCACUUUGCACCUAUCGGAUUGAAUCCGCACGAGGUUGCCUUCUGCUCAAUUCAUUUCGCGGCAGAGCAUCACCGCCAGACGCUGACCAUCGUCUUCGCAGUGGGCGACGCUUACCCAAGCGCCAACGUAUUGGGCAUAGACCUAAGUCCCAUACAGCCGGACUGGGUGCCCCCAAACGUGCGGUUCAUGGUCGACGAUGUGGAGAGUCCGUGGCUUCACCCAAGGAAUCACUUUGACUACAUCCAUUCGAGGCAUACCGUCAUGGCCAUCAAGGACUGGGACAGACUUCUCAGAAGAGCUCACGAGCACUUGAGACCCGGAGGAUGGGUCGAGAUGCAAGAGAUAAACCACUUCCCGAUGAGCACCAACGACAGUAUGACGCCAGACCACCCAGUGGCGCAGUACUGGCGACUCAUCAACGAGGGACUCGCGGAACUGGGCGUCAACUUCAAAUUCGCCAGUGGCGGUCGAAUAGCCGAGCUCAUGCGGCAGUGCGGAUAUAUCAACGUGACGGAGCAGAUCUUCCACGUCCCCAUCGGAACUUGGCCUCGUAACAAGAAGCUGAAGAGCGUCGGGCUCUACUGGAAGACGAUCCUCCUCGACGGCGUGCAGGCCAUUGCCUUGGGGCCCAUGACCAGAGGCCUGCGGUGGAGGGUGGAACAGGUCGAGACGUUCCUGGCUACGGUCAGGAAGGCGUAUCAUGACAACUCGUGUCUCAUGUUCAUGCCCCUUGUCUGUGUCUACGGGCAGAAACCUGAGCACAACUACUGA